AUGCUUCGGGCACUUCAAGCUGCAAAGGAAAAACUCUCAAAGUAUUACUAUGCAACAGAUAAGGAGUCAUAUGGUAUAGUAUAUGCAAUUGCAACAAUUCUUUGUCCCUCAAAGAAGCUUCGCUACUUUGACAGCAAGGACUGGCGAGGAGAAGAUGAGGAUGGGAACUGUGUUGAUUUUAUGAAAACCUAUCAGGAUGUGCUACAGAAGGAACCUCUCUCCAAGCCGAAGUGGAUCAACCAGAGGAUGAGAUCACGUGAUAUCUCGCUAAAGGUUAGCACAUCUAUCCAUUAUGCUAUUCUAAUACUAACCCAUUCCUUAGGACUUACCAAGGGGCACCCUCGUCUCUUUUGGAAAGAGCAUGAACAUGAGUAUCCUGUGCUUGCAAGGAUAGCACGGGAUAUCCUCUCAACACCUGCCAGUGGUGCUGGUGUUGAAAGGCUCUUCAAUUGUGCUCGUGAUGUCUGCCACUAUCGUCGGGGGCAACUAAAACCAGACACAAUCAAAGGCUUGAUGCUCCAUUUAUUCUCAUCAAAGUUUGAGCUUGAACAAAGCGAGCUAGAGAUGAUCAAGGAGCAUUUGUCUAGUGGAGAGGCUGCUAUGCUUGAUCAGAUAUGGAAGCCUGUGCCAUCUCUCAAUGAAGUUGAGCCGAUCAGUGAUGAUGAAGAAGAGGGCUGCAAGGGCAACAAUCUAUCUGAUGAUUUGAAUAGUUCAGAUGAUGAUAAUUCAGAGGAAGAAUUGACUCUCACACAAAUUACAACUCAGAGGAAGCAAGAACGACGCAAGCGGCCUUGGUAUAAGACCUCUGAGCUUCAAGAUGAUGGAGAUAAUGGCUUCCCACUUCCUGAAAUGGCAACUGAAAGGAGCACGCAGGCGCGGUCAGGCAGGAUUUGGAAGAAGCCAAAGCUGCCGGAUGGAUUUGAGAUUGAUAGACUGUAAUAGUAGCAAGAAUUUUUCUCCGCAGAAAAGACCAAAGAAACUGCAUUUCAUCUGAAAUCAAUCUUACCAAAGAAUUCCUUUCCAGCUUAUUUCCUCGGAAAUCAUUAAAUAAAGAACUGCUUGACCACCAUCUCGACCAAAAUGCAUUAAAUAAAGAAAUAGUUCCCAGAAUGAUUUCGAGGAAAUCAGUUACACACUGAAUACGUCAAAAAUACCGCGAAGAAUGCAUAAUCUAUGCAGUCUCCUCUAGGUCAUGAGCCUUGGCAUAUUUGUAGUGUUUGAUAUACUGUUGGAUAUCCAAAAGAUAUCCAACAGAUCGAGUUGGACAUCCAAGUCUCAUCGCUGCGGAUGGUUGGAUGUCAAAUUGGCAUCCAAGUCCGCAAUCUGCGGAUGUGAUAGUUGGAUAUCAUAUGAUCCGUUGGAUGCUGCCGCAGCCUAG